AGGGAGAAUGUAUCAUUGUGACAUACUCCCCAUUUUGCAGACACUUUUUGUAUUUGAUUUAGUAAUUCUAACAAAAACCGUUAUUCGUCGCCUGGACGUAUAGAAAUAUUGAUCUUUUACAGUUUAUUUAUGCUGAUAUAAAGUGAGGUGCUUUGAGUGAAAACAGCACGUUGUGUUGAGGAAUACCUUAGAUCAACUAGGGAGUACGUGCAACACCGGGAACAGCGUAAAUAAGUUGCCGAUUGGUCAUCUACGAAAGUAGAACCUCCAGAUGUUAUGAUCCUGCUGGCCUUCUAAACUCGUUUUUCUCGAUCGUCAUCCUCAAAUAUGGCACCAGAGAAGAGCUUUAAGGAAAGAAGGAGCUUCGCUGCAAGAGUUCGUGAUGUGGAACAGAUCCGAUCAGAACAUGCAGACAAGAUACCUGUGAUCAUUGAGCGCUACAGUGGGGAGAGACAGCUCCCUCUGCUGGACAAGACCAAGUUCCUAGUCCCGGAUCACGUCAACAUGAGCGAGCUGGUUAAAAUCAUUAGGAGGAGACUACAGCUGAACCCGAACCAGGCCUUCUUCAUGCUGGUCAACCAACACAACAUGGUCAGUGUCUGCACGCCCAUCUCCGAGGUCUACCAGAGAGAGAAGGAUGAAGACGGCUUCCUCUACAUCACAUACGCCUCUCCGGAGACAUUUGGUUGACAGAACUGCAGGGUUCAUGGUGUAGGCAAUGUGUGGCCAGCAUAUCAUUUGGAGAUUUUCAACAUACCAGCUGGAACAAUGAUUUAAGGACAUGGCUCUUAAAAACAGUAUAUAGGGGGUGUCAUAUCUUUUCUUCCAUUUUUAUGAAAGCCAAUGUGUCAAGCUAAGGCAGUUUUUUUUUUAUUUAUGUUUUAUCGUUUCUGAAUUUUGAGGAUUCUGUCAGGACAAUGACAAUUGUUUAAUGGAAAGUCAGAGCUUCAGACAUGGCCCAUUCAUUCAAUAAGAGCUUUGUGAAGAGCAGGCAUUUCAGGAACAUCUGAUAGUUUCCUAUCUAGAAUGCAAAAUACUAAAGGCCAUUUUGUACUUAUGUUACUCAAUAUUCUAUUUGAUGAUUCAUGAAGCUACUACCAUAUUGUAUGGAAGGGUGGAGGGACCAAACCCACAUAGUACCAAAACAAAACUGAAAAGAAGACAGAAUUUACACAACUGUGGAAUGAAUAACCAUAUUGACAUAGGCCAGUUUUUAAGUUUGUUUGGAUCUUCCCUACCUUUGUGUAUAUGAAAGAGAGGUUACUAGUCCACACAACCAUGAUGAAAGAACAUGGUUCUCUUUUGUUCAAUACUAGAAUGUAUUACAAAAGACUGUUAUCAGUGACACCUGUUUAUUAUUUUGUUCUUUGUUUCAAUGUUAAGAAGACGUGCAAAAAUGUAACUGUUAUGUGAAUUGGCACAAGGUAAAAAAUGCUUUGUUAGCUACUUGGUUAUAAGUAGAUUAAAAGUAAAUAUAUUGUACAGCUUAGCUGCAUAGCUGAGAAACUCUAUAACGGAUGGGUAUUACAGAUAAAACAUACAUGUCAUGUACAUGGAUGAUGAUAUAUACAUACAAAUAUCACAAGAUACCAUCAACAUCACAAGAAAUCAUGUUAUUAAUAGUCAGAGCACAUAUAACUAAUAAGACAACAGCAAAUCAAGUUAAUAUCUUAAGCUCAUGUUUACUGUGAUCAUGUUUACUGUGAUGUCUAUUUAUGUCACUAUCUUCAAGAAAAACAUCAUGUUGUACAGUACACAGUUUACAGUGUUGAUAUGUGUCUUAUUGUAAGAAAGAUGGCAACUUGUUGGAAAGUGCUUGUUUGUGUACAAAGUGGUACUGCAGAUGGUACUGGUACCUAUUGACUGAGAAAAAAUGCUGUUUGAUGUCAUCUGUGUAGAUAUGGCCUGAGAAAUGCAAAUAGAUAAGGGUUCCAUGUAAAAAGUCAAAGAAGAGUAUGGGGCUUGAGAAUCUGGAGUAUUAAUAGCCUUGGAAAAAGGUAUCACUAAGUACCUAACAGUAAUGGUUAAGUGGCCAACUGGCACCAGGCUUGUGUUGGCAAGACUUUUAAAAAGGGAGUGAACUUGAAUGUAUGUAUGGUUUUAACAAGGCAAAGUAGAACUUUGUUUACUUUAGCAUUUUGAUUCAGAAUGUAUUUAUGUGUAAGCCUGUAGGUCUUUGAAUCAGCAUGGGCAGGAAUAUCUGUAACUUUAACCCUUCAGUAAUUGUAGAAUUGCACACAGCCUAAGAAGUGUACUUGGCUGACAGCAGGGAAUCUGUAGCUUCUCUUGGUUGCGAUCAACGAAAGGAAGCUGUACGCAUUUAAUGUGAAGUAUGAUAGACAGAUUUAAUAGUACAUGUACUUCUAAUCAGUGGUAUGCGCACAUAAUUGACUGUAUACAUUAUAUUAUGGUAUGUAUUGGGUGUAGAGUAUAUUGUCUUCAUAUAUUAAAGUUAUAUCUGGUGUAUA